UAUCCAUGGAUACCAGGCUGCAUUUGAACCUUUCCAGGAAAGCUUUGCAUCAUGUUUUGCAGGGUUGAAGCAGUGUGAUCAUAGGAUAGUUGUAUAUGUUUUCUUGCUGGAUUUCCUUGUUAACACUGACACUAGACAAGAAGGCAGAUGACAUUUGUUCAAAGUUUAGUGGAGAAGAAAAGAGCUCUCUUUGAGCCUCAAAUUGCCCCAGAUUUGACACCAGUUACUGUAUAAUUAUCUGCACUUCAUCUCAUAUACUUGCAUCAGUUUUGAGUUGGUGAGCUUUUAUUUAUUGUGUUUUAAACUUGAGGUAGAGCACUUUCCCUUUGUGUGCUGUCUUUUUAAUGGGUAUAGUUCAGCAUUGUUUUCUUUGCUUGGUGUACCAUCAACCGGAGAGGCAAGCUAUUUAUUACCUUCUUGUCUCAUACUUGCGGCAGAACCCUAUGUUAAGCCCUUAAACUUUAUCUUUUCUUUUCAUAUGAGCCCCUGAACUAAUUUUUAACCUUUUGAGUCCCUAAUAAGUUGAUAACGAUUUU